UAGAAGAAACGGUCAACAUUCAAAUAUUUGAUAAAGGUCAAAUGGUGCUCCAAUGGCGAUAGAAGAAGAAAAGUACACACCUUCAACAAAGAAAACCAAAAGAAAAAUUGUUGCAAUAUCUCAUUCUUCUCACUAUUACUGGUUAUCAUCUGAUGCCGUGACCUACUCGCCACACAUGCUUUGAAUUCUUCUGUAAUUAUACAUAUAUAUAUAUAAGUAUUCAUUCACCAUUUUUGUAGUGAAACUCUUCUUCUUCUUCUCCCGCAAUCUGCGGAGUUACAGACCACCAUAGAUGUAGCUUCAACAAAACCUCUAAAGACAACUCCUUUACUCACUUUCACAACCAAACAAACCAAACCCAGAUCUCAAAAAUGGCGGAUUCUCAACCCCACUUCCUAAUUUCAGUUCUUCUUCUUCUUCUUCUUCUUCUCUUUACCGUUACAGCCGCCAUAAACCCUGGCUCAUCUCUCUACGCAAGCAACCCAAAUAAAACUUGGGCUUCCCCAAACAGCACAUACUCUCUCGGCUUUCUUCCCGCCGAUCCACCCACUUCGCCGCCGACUUACAUCGCCGCCGUGGCCUACGCCGGUGGCGUUUCCAUCUGGUCAGCUGGUGGAAUAUCCAACACCGCCGUAAACUCCGGUGGCGCGCUUCACUUCGAGUCGAAUGGAAAUCUCAGACUAGUCAACGGCUCCGGUGCCGCUGUUUGGAGCUCCGACACCGGUGGGCGUGGUGUGUCUUCGCUCGAUGUUGGGGACGAUGGAAACUUGGUUUUGAAAAAUGGGUCUUCUUCCACCGUUUGGUCCUCGUUCGAUCAUCCAACGGAUUCAAUGGUUCCUUCUCAGAACUUCAGUCAAGAUAAGGUUUUGCGAUCUGGGCUUUACUCAUUUGGGGUUACUAAGAUUGGAAACCUUACUCUUAGGUGGAAUAAUAGCAUAGUUUAUUGGACUCAAGGGUUGAAUUCUUCGAUUAGUACUAAUUUGAGUUCACCUAGUUUGGGUUUACAACCCAUUGGGAUUCUUUCCAUUUCUGAUAGAAAUUUAGCUACUGCUGCCAUUGUUGCUUACAGUAGUGAUUAUGCUGAAGGUAGUGAUAUUUUGAGGUUUUUGAAAUUAGAUAAUGAUGGGAAUUUAAGGAUUUAUAGCUCUGCUAGGGGUAGUGGUACGAAAACUGAGAGAUGGGCUGCUGUUAUUGAUCAGUGUCAAGUUUUUGGUUACUGUGGUGAUAUGGGAAUUUGUAGUUAUAAUCAGUCUUUUCCUGUUUGUAGUUGCCCUUCUCAGAAUUUUGAAUUAGUUGAUGCUAAAGAUAGUAGAAAAGGGUGUAAGAGAAAAGUUGAGAUUGCUGAUUGUCCCGGUAAUGCUACUAUGUUGGAUUUGGAUCAUACUAGGUUCUUGACUUAUCCUCCUGAGUAUGAAUCCCAGGUUUUCUUUGUUGGGAUAUCAGCUUGUAGAUUGAAUUGUCUUGUGAGUGGUUCUUGUGAUGCUUCAACUUCAUUGUCUGAUGGUACAGGGCUUUGUUUGUAUAAAACACCUGGUUUUCUUAGUGGAUAUUCAAGCCCAUCUAUGUCUAGUAGCUCUUAUAUCAAAGUUUGUGGUCCGGUGAGUCCGAACCCUUUGCUUUCUUCACAGAAUGGUGGUAAGAAUGAGGUGUGGAAGAUUCGUCCUUGGAUUGUUGCUGUUGUGGUUUUGGCUACUCUUUUCGGUUUGAUGGCAUUAGAGGGUGGUUUGUGGUUUUGGUUCUGUCGAAAUAGGCGUAAUUUCGGUGGAUUGUCUGCUCAUUACGCCCUUCUUGAGUAUGCUUCUGGUGCACCGGUUCAGUUCUCGUAUAAGGAGUUGCAGCGUGCUACGAAGGGAUUCAAGGAGAAGCUUGGAGCUGGUGGAUUUGGGGCGGUUUAUCGAGCUGUUCUUUCGAAUAAAACAGUGGCUGCUGUUAAACAACUUGAGGGGAUCGAGCAAGGUGAGAAACAGUUCAGGAUGGAGGUUGCUACUAUAAGCAGCACACACCAUUUGAAUUUGGUGAGGCUGAUCGGGUUUUGCUCUGAAGGCCGUCACAGACUGUUAGUUUACGAGUUCAUGAAAAAUGGAUCGCUUGAUUCAUUCCUUUUCAAUACAGACGAAAACAAUUCGGGAAGAUUGUUGAACUGGGAAUAUCGUUUCAACAUUGCUCUCGGUACUGCAAGAGGAAUCACUUACCUCCAUGAAGAGUGUAGAGACUGCAUUGUGCAUUGUGAUAUCAAACCAGAGAACAUUCUCUUAAAUGAAAACUAUUGUGCUAAAGUUUCAGACUUUGGCCUUGCAAAGCUUGUUAACCCGAAGGAUCAUCGGUAUAGAACUCUCAAGAGUGUAAGAGGUACUAGAGGUUAUCUGGCACCAGAAUGGCUUGCAAAUCUCCCAGUAACCUCAAAAUCUGAUGUUUAUUCAUAUGGAAUGGUUCUAUUGGAAAUUGUUAGUGGUAAAAGAAACUUUGAAGUGUCUGCUGAAACAAACCACAAGAAAUUCUCUGUUUGGGCUUAUGAGGAGUUUCUUAAUGGCAACAUUAGGAAUAUUGUUGACAAAAGGCUUGUUGUUGAUGAAGAUAUCGAUAUGGAUCAAGUUAUGAGGGCGGUUCAGGUGAGCUUCUGGUGCAUACAAGAGCAACCGUCUCAUAGACCUAUGAUGGGAAAAGUGGUUCAAAUGCUCGAAGGUAUCAUGGAAAUUGAGAGACCCCCAGCACCAAAAGCAGCCCCGGAAGUGUCUAUUUCGGGAAAUGCAAGCAGCAAUGCCAGUGCUCUAUCAACUACUGCAACAUCAGCAGCUCCAGCACAGUCUUCAUUUUCGUCGUUCCAAACUGCAGGGCCAUCGCCUUUAGCUUCUGAAAAGGCAUCGUCGAUUCUCUUACAUUCAGAUCAAAAGUGAGGCGCUCACCCUUUUGUGUUUUUGGCUAGACUACAAGCAGAUGCAGCCUCUUCGAGUCUCAACUGGUACUCUCGAGUACUACAUUGCAAUUGUUAUAGUUUUCUGAUCGAAUGGGUUAACCUUGUUUAACAAAAGAAAUGAAAUUUUGUUAAAAGAAUUUGCUUGUAGGUAGCUUAGUAUAUAAGAUUGUUCAUUGCAUUAAAGUGUAGAGACAUAGUUUAAAAUGCAUAUAUAUACAUAUAAGUUUGUUAUACGAGAGUGAGAUAUAUAAAGGGGAAGAUUAUAUCAUAGCUUUCUGUCUCCUAAGCACAAUCAAUUGAAUAAAAGUUAAAAGUUCCAUAA